AACAGCACAUGUGUUUUCGCUGUCCUUCUUCUCGAGCUGGAACGUUUCUUAGAAUCGGUUCGAGUUGAAUUCCUUCGUUUAGCAGUUAUGAUUUUCAGUUGAACGUAUUUUCUAUUGAUUAUCCGUUUGUGGGUACAAUUUUUUUUAUCAACAACUAUCAAGUAGUAAUCGAUGAUGUACGAGAGAGACCAACAGAGAGAGAGAGUGAAUAUCUACCAAAAAAACGGAAAAGGUAGAAAAACGGAAGAGGUUCACAAAACAGUGUGUGCGAGCGGGACAGCGGCAAGGCAAAACACAAUCAACCACAAUCAAAACAUGCAACCAGCCUAAAAAGAUGCACAACGAAAAAGGAAAAUGAAAAACACUAGUUGAAUGAAACAAGAAAAAAAAAGAUCGCCAGCAACAAUAACAACACCAACCAUCAGCACCCCGUUUUUUUUGCCCGUUGUAACAAUCACUGUAACAAAAAAGCCACACACUCUCCACCAAGCAACAAUGUGUCGUGUGCGGAAGCGAGCGAGAAAGGAAGAUGAGAAAACGAGCCAAACGCGGGAUGAAACAGAUGAAAAUGAAUAAUGGAAAAAUUGUGAAGAUGUGAAAGAAGGGAAGGGGUUGGGAGCGGAUGGUGGGGAUGGGUAGGGGGUUAGGAAGAAGAGCGAGGGGAUUGGAGAAAUGAGGAAAAGAAGAAUGAUGAAGCAUAGAAUUCCUUUCAUUCGAGGGGGGAAAACGGUGAAGAACCGGAGAGGAAAUAAUGAGCUGUGAGAUUGAGUUUGUUUAUGUGUCGGAGUGAAAUGGGGGAAUGUGAACGAGCGUGUGCGUAUGAGCGAGGGAGAGAGAGAUAGAAAAUUAAUAGAAAGCAAACUAAUGGAAAGGGAGACAACAACACGAAAAAGGCAAGGGAUAGGAAAGGAAUAAAUAGUAAACAUUAAUGCCGAAGAGCAAUAGGAAAAUUGGUUACAGUCCAAAAAGCUAACAGCAAAGACAGUACAAUAAAAGUUAAAGAAGUAAAGAGCAAAACGAAGGAUGGGAAGAUGAGAAGAUGUAGGGAGGAUUUAAAAAGAAAAAAAAAACACAAAUAAAACCGGUUGAGAUGAUGUUUAAGGGACAGGAAAAAUGGUUUUUAUACCGCGAAUUCAUGUUUAGAAAUGUGCAGGAUUGCUGUGUAGGAGGGAUUUUUUGAAGGUCUUGUUAGGGAAAGCAGUUUAACGAAUAAAACGUAUUACGACAAUAAUUAUACCUGUCAAUUGUUAAUUACAGCAAGUGUAUCACUCAAAACAUACGGGUGCAACAAAACCGUAGCUUCGCAUCUGUGACACGUCCGUGCGUAAAAACCACGCAACAGGAUCGCAACCCAGAGAGGAAAACAGAACGGUAUCGAACAUACCGAAAACUCUACAACAGUGCGCGCGAAUUGCAUCAGUGCUUGGGAGCCGCGUGCGUGUGCCUCUCUUUGUGACUUAGUGUGUUGUUGUGUUGUUUCGCAUUGGUUUUUUUGGGUUCCAGUAGCUAUUGAGUCAUUCGCAUGUGAGCGGGUGUGUUUGUGUAGUGUGGUGCUGAUAAGGAAAGGGAAAGAGAGAGAGAGAGCGUGAGAGUGGUGAGCAGGAGGAAGGAAUUGGAAAAAGGCUGCGAUUACCAGGAGGUGAAAAGUGGCGUGGAAAGCGAUGGAAACUAGCUACAACACGGCACCGAUCGGUGCUGGCACCAGCGAGUUCGAUAUCAACAUGUUCGACCAGUAUGUGUACAAGACGUUUCACACACCUUCGUUCGGCGAUGAUGAGUUCGAUAUACAGUCGAUGAACAGUCACCUGCAGCAAUCGCAACAGCAGCAACCCCAGCAACAACAGCAGCAUCAUCCGCAACAGCACCAACAACAGCAACAGUAUCAAAUGCACAGCAGUUCGCAACAACAGUCCGGCCAUAUGGUGGGAAUGAUGCAGGAUCAGCAGCAGUCCGGCUACGGCCAAUGGCACCAGGAUAUGAACCAUCACAGCCCGUACACGCUACAGUCACCGAACCAGCCAACCUACCAUCAGCUGAACGCUAGUCCGAACAACAAUCCCACGCUGCACGUGAUGCAGCCGCCCCAGCAGUCCCCCUCGAUGGUACCACCCGCGCAGCAGCAGCAACAGCUAUCACCCCAGCAGCAGCAGCUCGUUGGCGGAAAUGCGCUCAGCUUCAUUGGGCGCUCGCCACCCCAGAACGGUGUUGGGCAGGGUACGGAAAACGGCACCACCAGCGACGACAGCGACGACACGAUUCCGGCAAACUCCCUGAAGCGUCCCUCGUCUGAACCGUCGUACGGUGAGGAUGCGCUUGCCGGUGCGGCCGGGAUGAAGGCAUCAGCGGCAGCAGCCGCCGCAGCCGCCGCAGCCGCCGCCAAGAAGCCCAAGGUCACGAAGAAGAAGAAAAAAAGGGAUCCGAACGAGCCGCAGAAACCCGUCUCUGCCUAUGCACUGUUUUUCCGCGACACGCAGGCAGCUAUAAAAGGCCAAAAUCCGAACGCCUCGUUCGGGGAAGUUUCCAAAAUCGUUGCCUCCAUGUGGGACGUGCUAGCGACGGAGCAUAAAAAUGUGUAUAAGAAGAAAACGGAAGCUGCUAAGAAGGACUACUUGAAAGCACUCGCCGCGUAUCGAGCGAGUUUAGUGUCAAAGGGUACUGAAGGGGAACAGCAACAAUCACCACAACAAUCAAUCUAUUCCCCACCGCCACAAGCAACGUUGCAACAGAAUCAGCAACCGCAGCAGCAUCACCAUCAGCAGCCGCAGCCGCCACCCCAGCAACAGCAUCAACUACAGCCGCAACAGCACACGCAGCAGCAUCCCCAUCAGCAGCAUCCGCAUCAGCAGCAGCAACAGCAGAACAAUCAUCUGGUGAACCACUCGAAGCACUCGCCUCAAAAUGGACCCGCCGUUGCGCAAGCCCCCGGUCACCUUCAGCACAUGCAGGGACUGCAACAGGCGCAACAGCAGCAGCAACAACAGCAGCAACAACAGCAGCAACAGCAGCAGCAGCAACAACAACAACACUCAAACUAUGCACCGUCGUACGCAUCGUCGUAUAAGCCAUCCCAGCAGGCUAUGAUGCAAAUGUCGCAUACGCAUCAGAAUCUACAUCCUGGACAGCAGCAGCAGCAACACCAAAACACCGCAUCACACAUUCACGGACCCAUGAUACAGAUGAAUUCGCAACAGCAGCAACAGCAACAGCAGAUGCUAUCGCAUCAACAGCAGCAACAGCCGCACAUGAGCAUGGCCCAACAGCAGCACCCAUCGAUGAUGAACUUGCCGAUGGCCGGUCAACAACACUACAUGAACCAGCAGAUACCCCACCAGCAAUUACAGCAGAUGCAACAGCAACAACAGUUCCAGCAGCAACAGCAGCAGCUACAGGAGCAACAGUUUAAGCAGCACAUCAAGCAGGAUCAGCCGUUGCAUCAAGAGCAACAGCUGCACCAUCAGCAACAACAACAGAUGCACCAGCCGCAUCACGACCAGCAGAUGCAUCAUCAGCAACAGCAGCAGGAUCCGUUGAUGCACCAGCAACAAAUGCAGCACAUGCAGAUGCAGGGUGGUACAAUGUCCUCACAGACUUCAGUUGUGGACGAUCUCAUGGGGACACAGCAGCACCAGCAGCAGCAGCAGCAGCAGCAGCAUCAUGAACAGCUACAGUCGACAUUACCAGUGGUGGCGCAGCGCUCUUGUUCGUCCAAACUCGAGCCAUUGAAACCGGAGAUUACCGAACAGCGGUGCAUUAGACAGGGUUGCAACAAUCUGGCGAUCGAAAACCCGGACUGGGAGGAUGAGUAUUGCAGCCAGGAGUGUGUCGUGGCUCACUGUCGUGCUGUGUUUGCAAUCUUUCAAAAGGAUUGCCUGCAAGGAAGUGGCCCUUCGCAACAGCAGCAGCAGCAGUCAUUACCCACCGUCAAAUAGACGCCUGCAGACCUAAAGACCUAUAGAGGACAUCCCUCCUCUCCCCUGUGCAAGCUAGCACAUACCAUUAAACUUUUACACCGUUUCUCGGGUCAGGUUGGGUUUAAUCUCCGUUAAUUUGGAACCUCUUGAGCUGAUGGUCAGUUCCUCACGGAGGAUAAUCCUACCGGGGCCCGGCAAAUGGUGUAUUAACUAGAUAAUAAUAGUGGCGAAGACGAAGAAACAUAAUUGUUAAUACGAAUAAUGAAUUCAUAGCAAGCAAAUACACGCUACGGUUGUAAAUGCGUGCACCAUGAUAAUAAUGAGUAGCUCGGAAAGACGUCGGAAGAAUUGAAGACAUAAUUGUAGUGUCUUGAAAUAAAUACGUCUCACUAGUGUGGUGGUCUACAUGCAACAGUCUUCUUUACUGUUCUCUCGGCCAUCAGUUCUCAACUAACAUAACAAGGUCUAUACAUCCGGGUUGCUACAAUACAAUGAUUAAGAAGUUCCCGAAUAUACAAAACAACUUGCGGAUUUUGAUGAAGAGGAAGUUCUUUUUGUUUUUUGUGAAUUGAUAUUGGUGAUUUUUAAUCUAUGGUAUAUUUCCCAUUAGUUUGGAGACACUAUCUUCUCCGAACAGUGAAAGAGCUUCCGUUCCCGGGGGUUUUCGGCCGAUGUACUGUUUGUUGUUGUUUUAUCUCGUUUUGAAAGCUAUGCAUUACGAGUUGCGUUUUUUAUCUAAUACCUGCAUAGGUCAUUUAUAUGUAAUUACGACGGCCCUGCCGAAUGUUGGGCAGUGGUCUAUUUUGUAAAUGAACGGACGACACCGCCACAUACAUCACCCUGUCUCAAUAAGGUGAUUAAUUUGAUCUUGUGCUACCAUGUGAACAGACCGAUCCCACUUCAUAUUUGAAGGAGUGGUGCCAUAUAGGGAAAACAAAUUGUACCAGAAGAAUAAAAUUAAAAGACAGACAGAACUAUCAAAUUAAAUAAAAAAAAACCAAUUAUAUAUAAAGGGUCCGUGCUAGUUCUGUUUGAAUCGAUUCAAGAAAAAGCUCCGACGUCGUAAACGUUGUAAAUGGAACAGAAAUUAAUAAACAAACAAUAGCUAUGGAGACGAUACUGUCCAUUACGAUUAUGGUGCAUCACAAAUCGUGGUGAAUGUUUGAUUAUUUAAUUUGUAUCUGUGGCAUAGCCGCCAAGUGGCAGACGUAUUGACAUGUUUUGUUUUAAUGUUUUGUUGAACAACGUCCACUUGUCGAGUUGGAUUUUGCCAAGCGCUAGCCUUAUUUGUAGCAGGAGUAAUCUGUGUUUAGCCCAUCCGUAAGAUGUCGCAUGUAAUAUGGCUGACGAAAUGACACGGCGGGGGUGAACAUUGAAAAGAGCCAAAUUGAAAAUAAACCCAACGACGCUGUAAGAAAGUGCAUCAGCGGAAUGGCGUCGUUCGUUCACGAAGUAACUCACUUGUAAAUUGUCUUAUAAUGUGAACGAUAAACGCGAUUUUGUAAUUUCCAUUCAUCAGAACAGCAACAGAAUAUAAGCUCAUUGGCAGACACACACAGCGAAUGUGAGCACAUAGUUGCACCAACAAUAAACAAAAAC